CUAGCCAAGGACAAGCAGCGACCCUCCGGCCUGCAGGUCCGGCUCGUCGAGUUCCCGCUCGACUACGCCAGGGCCGGCUUGCCGGAAGGGGCGGACGCCGGCGACCUGUUCCGGCGAUGUACAUGUGGAACUACUACCGCGCCAUGGCGCUCCUCCGCGCGCCGAUCGAGAGCUACCUCCGCUCGCACGCGCCGCGCCCGACCUGCGUCGUGUCGGACUUCUGCCACCCGUGGACCACGGAGCUCGCGGCCAACCUCGGCGUCCCGCGGCUCAGCUUCUUCAGCAUGUGCGCCUUCGGCCUCCUCUGCCACCACAACCUCGAGCGGUUCAACGCCUGGGAUGGCGUCGAAGACCCCAACGAGCCGGUCGUCGUGCCGGGGCUGGAGGAAAGGUUCGUGGUGACAAGGGCACAGGCCCCGGGUUUCUUCCGGCAGACCCCAAUCCCGUGCUGGGAGGAGUUCGCCGACUACGCCGAGCGCGCGCGGGCCGAGGCCGACGGCGUCAUCGUGAACACCGUCCUGGAGAUGGAGCCGGAGUACGUCGCCGGCUACGCGGCGGCCUGGAAGAUGAAGGUCUGGACCGUCGGGCCGGUGUCCACCUACCACCAGAGCCGCACCACGUUGGCGUCGACACUGGCGUCAAGAGGGUUGAGGACAUCCGCCGUCGACCCCGACGAGUGCCACCGGUGGCUCGACGGCAAGGCGCCGGGCUCCGUCGUGUAUGUCAGCUUCGGGAGCAUCUCGCAGGCGGAACCGAAGCAGGUCGUGGAGCUCGGCCUUGGGCUGGAGGUUUCGGGGCACCCGUUCAUCUGGAUGCUAGCUCAGGAACGCCGACGAGUAAGACGACGCGGGCGCGGGUUCCUGGGCGAGCUCGAGGCGCGCGUCGCGGGGCGGGGCCUGCUGAUCCGGGGUUGGGCGCCGCAGCUGCUGAUCAUGUCCCACGACGCCGUGGGCGGGUUCGUGACGCACUGCGGGUGGAACUCGACGCUGGAGGCCGUCGCCGCCGGGCUGCCGAUGGUGACGUGGCCGCACUUCACGGACCAGUUCCUGAACGAGAAGAUGGCCGUGGAGGUGCUGGGCAUCGGCGUCAGCGUCGGGGUGACGGAGCCCCUGACGUACCAGGCGGUGAAGGGCUCCUGUGGCAGAGCUCCGGCUCCGGCUCUGUGCGUUUACCGAAGCAUGGAGGAGCUGAAGCCGCACCAAACGGUAUCGAUCGCGAAGUCAUUUUUUGGCAAAUUUGGGAGGAGCCGAAGCCGUUUUAGGCCUGCAUGGCGGAGCCUAAAAAUUAGCUCCGCAGCUCCGGCUCCGGCUCCGCACGAGGAGCUCCUGGCGAGGAGUCCUGCCAAAGAGCCCGAAGAAGGAGAUCGUGGUGGGGUGGGGCGUGGUGGAGGCAGCCAUGCGGAGCGUGAUGGGCGGCGGGAGGAGGCCAAGGGGAGGCGGCGACGGGCGCGCGCUAGCGGCGAAGGCGAGGGCUGCCGUGCAGGUUGGCGGGUCGUCGCACGCCAACCUGUGGAUCUGGUCAAGCGAUUCCAGCCGGGCAUAGCACGUGACGCUGACGUGCCACAGAUGUAGCGCACCUCGUUUCCCUCCGUUGAGACCCCAGAUCAUUGCCACUUGCCAGCAAUAAAUCUGACAGACUGACACUGAGUCAUCUUUGAUGUACUUAUUUUAAAAACCAUGUGCGGGGUCCAAUAAGCAUACUUCGGCCUGUUUGCUUCA